AUGGCUAACAUCUCAACCACUCAUACCGCAUUCUUGACGCAAAAAUGUUCCCUCCCUACACGCACGAUUAAGUUCGAGAUCUGGGAUACCGCUGGCCAGGAGCGAUUCGCAUCACUUGCCCCGAUGUACUACCGCAAUGCGCAAGCGGCGCUAGUCGUCUAUGAUGUUACAAAGCCUUCGUCACUAACGAAAGCCAAGCACUGGGUUGCUGAGCUGCAGCGCCAGGCGAGCCCGGGAAUCGUUAUUGCCCUCGUCGGUAACAAGCUGGACUUGACUAAUGACGGCGGAGAUGCUUCCGAGGCCGCUUCCGGUUCACCAGGCGAUUCUGACUCCGCUCAGGAUGGCGACGAAGGCGCCGCUGAGGAGGACGAGGCCCCGGAUGCUGUUCCCGGUGACGCUCGCAAGGUGUCGACACGAGAGGCCAGCGGUUAUGCGGAGGAAGAGGGUCUUUUGUUCUUCGAGACCAGUGCCAAGACCGGAACCAAUGUCGUGGAUGUGUUCACGGCAAUUGCCAAUGCCAUUCCAGAAAGCAGUCUGAAAACCGGUCGCGGCGGCGGCGCGGGAGCAGGCCAGACCUCGCUGGGUGGUCGGUCGGCGGAAGAUUCGCGGGUCAACUUGGGCGAUCGCAACGUCGCGACAGCCAAGGAAGGUUGCGCUUGUUGA